GAGCCGUGACGCCGCCGGAGAAGAAGAAAAAGGACUCGGAGGGAGGAAAAAGCAGCGGAGCAGUUUCUCCUGUUUACAACAACACAAUGGAGCCAAAAUGGACACAUUCCGUCUGCCACCGUGUUUUACUGACUGGAUUUACGCUGUGUGUUGUGCUAGUCACAAAACCCACGUCUGCAAUCGACAUAUACGCCGACUCCGAGGUGAUGAUGCAGAACGGCACCACGGGGGUUCUGCGAUGCACCUUCAAGUCCAGUCAAGUGGUCAGCAGCUCCACCUCGGUGACCUGGAACUUUCAGUCGAGUCAGCCCGAUAAUAAGUUCUCCAAAGCACCGUAUGUGAUUUUCUACUUUUCGCACGGGACGUCGUUCCCGGGAGCGAUCGAGUUCAAAGAGCGAGUGAAGUUCAUCGGAGACAUCAACAAAAGGGACGUUUCCAUACAGCUGAGUCCGGCUCAGUUCAGUGACAACGGCACCUUCUUCUGUGACGUGAAGAACCCGCCGGACAUCACGGGAACCCCGGCUCGAACGGAGCUCAGGGUCGUUCUGAAAGAGUCUUUCACUCAGAGCAACACCCCCAUGAUAAUUGGAAUAGUGUGUGGAGUUCUAGGUCUGCUCGUCCUCAUCGCUGUGGCUGCCUGCAUCACCAUGAGGGUCCUUCACAACCGCCACGACUACGAAGGAUGUACGUCCUUGGAAAGCAUGAGCUCUCAGGCGCCGCAGCCACGAAAGAAGGUGGAGUCGGGCCUGGAGGGCUCCAAGAGUACCAUUCCCCUGGGUCCACUACAGGGCCCGGUGAUAUACGCCCAGCUGGAUCACUCGAACAGCAAAAACUCAUUCCAUAAGGUGGAGCCGGUCGUCUAUGCUGACAUUCGUAAAAACUGAAGAGGAACAGGGGACCAAAAUAAGACAAAAAUGAAAAAAAACAGAUGAAAAUCACAGUAAAGUAUCAGACCUCUCUUAUCAGCUGCUCUCGGGAAGGGUGGGAUUCAACAGGGACAUAACCGGUGCAGUUUCUUUUUAUUUGUAUCUCUCAUCCUCUGAAAGCAUGAUGCUGUUACGUGAUACCAUAAUGUCUCCACGUGCUUUAUCGUGAAGACGUGAACAGCAUGAGGCGUCCUCGUGGACACCACACCGCUACACCACCCCCAUCACAUCAGCCUGGAGGUUGCUCUCCGACACAGGGAUCAACGUGAAAAUCUAAAUAUCAUUCCACACGUGUCGAGGUGCGUUGUUAAAGUCAGAAGGUUUCCACGAACUGUUGCACCAGCCGAACACGAGUUUGAGUCUUUGAGUGUCAGAGCUGCAGUCACAUGACCGAAUAAGUUCAUACAAAAGAGAAUAUCAACGUUUUUUGUAAAUAUUAUCCUUUUUUAUAACGUUUCAUUUAUUGAACUAGAAUAUCAACCGAUGUGAAAUUCCUCCCCUUAGCUUCAGAAGCUCCAGAAGCUCACACGGCCUGUUUCCCAGAAAUAACUUAUUGUAGGUGUUUUUGCAUAACUGUCCAUCAGUCAGUCUCUGGGCUGCUGGAAAUUUACUUCCCUGCAAAACGCCUUCAGCUGAAGGACGUUUUAAUUUAUUGUCUACGGCUCAAAACCUUCAUCUGACUCUGACGCUGUUCAAGUUUAAGACAAAUGUUGUUUUUUCGGGGACACCACAAAGUUCCAAAGAGGAUCAAGUGUUUGCUUGUUCAAAUUUAAGUUAAAAAAAGAAUCCUUUAAAUUAUUUUGGCAGAAACUGACCUGAUUUUAUUUCAGGGCUGCGUUUAAGUGAAAUGGGAGAAAAGAACACCACUAUAAACAGUGAAUCCUGUCACAUGUGAAGUAGCUUCAGGACGCAGCGCUCAUCUGACCAGCCUCACUUCAUCAUUCACCAGUUGGCUGAGGCCUGUACGACACGCGGCUGUGGUCAUAAACUGCAAACACAUCAUAAACAUUAAAGACGGAACUCAUUCGAUUUGAGAAAACAAAUCUUUUGAGGAAUAUAGUCCAGUUUUUAUUUAAAACAAAAAGUCUGUUUGAGACUAAAUUCAGUUUUAUUUAGAGCCAGGUGGAUAUGAUUUUGUAAAUUAGGAAGGAAAAAAAUGUUUGAUAUAAAAACAUAAAUACUGGCAACGAUUAUCAAACCCUCAUGACCGAGAGGAUAUUUUCCAGUUUAAUUAUAAACUGUAUUCUCUCCUGUAUUGUUUAUUCUGUAAGAAAGGAACCUUUCAUAUCAGCAAAUGUCUUUGAAAGACUCAUUAAGUUAUUUGAAUCAGCCGACAUGUAAAACACAUUAUAUGAAACAACCUCUUCAGUAACGAUCACAUGAGGGAGAAAGGAAAAUGUCCCCGAUCUCUUCUCGUCUCCGAACUGGUGCAACAGUGAACUGGAACCAUGGCUCACUUCAUCUCCACGGUUCCAUAGUGAGUUUGUUUUGUUGGGUCAAAGUUAGACUUCCAUUGCCCUCCAGUAACCUUGCAUGCAGCUCUAAUAACAUCUACCAGCUAAGUUUGGUACUCGUCAAGUGUAGGUGUGAAGCAGCCGAAGCCGCCCGACGCUGUGUUGCUGUGAAUGCUUCGCUUCUCCUGUAAAACUUCCGGCAUGUUGUUAAGGUACCUUUUUUAUUAAUAGAACAAAAAACACUGCCUCCUUUUUGAUUUUCACUUCAGUUGAACACGUUUCUGCUUUAAACGACUUUCUGUCUGCUCAGUAUUUGUCUUAAUUGGUAAAAAAAAACAUGAAUUAUCUGCAUGGCUAUAGGUGUAAUUCUUGAAUAAAAAAAUAAUUGCUGCUUGUGGCGAAUUAUCUUUUUAAAUCUUGAGCGAUUUCCAGAAGAUGCACGAUGAAAAGAAAUGUUCAACUGAGGUGAAACGUCUCCUAUGAAAACAUGGGAGCUCUUAUUUGUUGGACAAAAUAAAUAAACGCUAAAUACACUGUUUGCAUGCAACUUACUAACAGAACAAUCAUUAUUAUGGGAAUAUGCGUAUUUCUUUCUUCAUCUACAUGUCAUGUUAAGCUCUUUUUUAUUUUAUUUGUCAAACUAAUGGGCCAAAUAUCUGACAGUUAUAUUAGGUAAGUUCUCCUGAGAAGCUUUUAUACUUUAAAAUGCAUUCCAAAUUAGAUUUUCUUUUUUUUUUGUCUUGACGCGUUUAAAAGCCAAAAUGUCAUGUUGUUAUUUCUCUUUUCGUUAAAACAGUUUCGGUUACAUAUGAACAAGAUGUUUUUUGUGUCGCGACCUGUCCAGUUGCCUUCAGCUUCAGCUUGUGAUCUCCGAAUGCAGUAACACGUCCUUGCUGACCAGUUCUUGUAUAUAUUUCUUGCUCGUGUAAGAUAUAGUGCCGUUUACUGUAACUCAUUCCAGUGUGGUAUGGCUGUGGAUGUCUUUCCAGGGAAGGAAAGUUGUUUGCUGUAGAGGUCUAGAGAGUUGGUGGCAUGUUUGAUGUAUUUUCCCUUUUUUCUUCUAAGUCUUAAUUAUGUGUCAGUGGAUGCUCCGUUGAUUCGGCACCUGCAGGGAGGGUUGAACCUGUCGGCUCAAAAUGAUUUGAAUCAGAACUUUCUUCAGUCGACUGUUUGUAGAGAAAAACACACCAAACUCACGUGUUGCAUUAAAACCAAAAGAUCCAUUGCUUGAAUAAUAAGAGAAGAUACAUGAUAGAACAGCUCUGAAGUGGCAGAGUGAGUCUUUCUGCCUUGAUCUAGGACUGUAGCCAUGUUUGCUGUGAAGCUAAAAUACAAUCAGUGGAUAGAACGGAGCUUUGUUCUCCUCGAGGAAUGAAAAUUAAUAAAUACAAUGCAAAAAAAAAAAGAACUGUACAAAUAAUACUAUAAUGUGAUAUGUAGAUAAAAAGGAAGAGAGAAACUUGACAUUUUGUAGUUCACCAUGUGCUAACGCUAACGGGCUGCAAAUAUCACACCUGUAACCACGCCCACUAGUGAUGUCAUGGCGUUCUGGCCCCACCCUGAAGUACGCUGCAGGGAGAGAAGUUCGGAGGUUUGUGAAAAUCAGGGUUUUCAGCUGCUGCAGAGAUUCUCUGUAACUCGCAGCAGUUGUAAAAUUUUGUUUCCCUACGUAUCAUGCUAGCAUUUAGCGUGCUAGCAUGAUACGUUAGCCAUAAUAGCUGAGACUCACGGAAGUGCUGUGAAUUGUCUAAAGUAAGAAAAGAAGAAUAAAAAAAUUAUGAUUUGUGAUGAUCAAAAACAAGUAGUAAGUCACUUUUGACCCACGUUGUGUAUCAAAGGGUUUGUAAACACUUCAGAUGCCUUAAUAUUUGCUCACAGUUAAGUCGAGAGGAGUUAGUGAGAAGUUAAAAGUUUUUUUUUUUUUUACUGUAGGUGGCGCUAAAAGUCAGGAAUGAUGCGUACGAAUAUGAAUGUUAGGACCAAACAUCAAGUAAGAGCCACAUUGUGCUUUUCAAUGUGGGAAAUAUUUUUUUGUAAAUAUAUAUUUUCCAUUUUCACACUUGUGUCUUAAAAUGUAGUCGGCUGUUAUAUCUGUUCUCUAAGUUCUCUGCGUCGCCGUUAAACACUUCAUAUUUUAAACACUCCAUAUUUCCAUACGUAAACUUUCUGACUGAAGAGAAUCCUGAUUCAUUUGGUUCUGACCGGUUCUUUGCCGCUCGGCGCUGCGUCGCCUUCCAGACGUGUCCCUGCUCUAACGUCUCGUGUUAGUUCCUGUCUGUUACUUUACUAGCUAGCAUGUAUUUCAACGUAUUCACCAAAAAACGAGACAGAAAACAAACCUGUAUGAUACCGACGAACCUUUCACUGCUGGUCACUUUGCUCCUGUUCCCCGACUCGUGACCGUGUCCCAGUGCUGUCGUUAGAAAUUGUGAUGUAAACUAUAAAUUAUGAACAAUUUCCAACCUGAGCGAGCUCACGCAGCGUUUCGGGGAAUUGGAGUGAAUACUCACGCUGCCACGUUCACUCCGCUCCCGACGAGUCUUAAAGUGCGUACUUAGUGUCUUUCGAUGGUAAAUAGUUGUGUGUUAUUUGAGAGUUGUUUGGUAUGUUUUGUUGUAAAACCUGCACUAUGUCUUGCGUAUCAAAGACAACAAAUGCCCUGUGAUUUUUGUUUUUGUUUUUCGUUCAUCUCCGAGUGACCUUGGCCUCUGUUUAACGUCCUUAAAACUGGAAUGUUGUACAUUUAGUGCCUUUUACAUUUCAUCAGCUAACUUGAACAUCUGCUCAAAAUAGAAAAGAUAAGAUUCAUUUAUUUUACUUUUAUUGUAUGUAUUUUUUUAUACACAUAUCGCCUCUGUAUCCACUGUUCAAAUUUUAUAUAAAACCUAUUCCUGGCCAAUUA